AUGGUUGAUAGAAUUUUGAAAAUAAAAGAGCCAGUUUUAUUUACAUUAGCCAUUAUUAAUAAUGAUCUUAACACAAUCACAUUUGAUGAGUGGAAUGUCUUGAAAGUGCUUUGUCAAUUAUUAAAAAUUUUCUAUGAUGUAACUAAUGAAAUAAGUUCAGAGAAUUAUGUAUCUAUAUCAAAAGUUACGAUAUUUUCAAGGGCAAUUGUGAACUAUGUAUCAGGGUACACUAAUAACCGUACAAUGCCAACUGAAAUUUGUUCAGUGGCAAAAAUUCUAUCAGAGAAAUUGCAUUCAAGAUUUGACCAGCUCGAAACUUAUGAAGUUGUGAUGCAAUCGAUAUUAUUAGAUCCACGCUUCAAAAAACAAGGGUUUCCAAAUAAUGACAAGUACCAAUCGGCAUAUCAAUCGUUGUCAAGGAAAGUGCAAAAUUUACCUAUCGGACAAGAUGCUCAAGAACCAGGAACAACAGUAGGUAUUGGUCCACUUUCAGGACCGGAGACUAUUUGGAAGGAUUUUGAUACCAGAGUUACUGCAGUAAGUGGUGGUUCGAAUGUGACAGUAGCUGGUAUCAGAGGCGUACCCAGGAUUUUUUUAUUGGGGGGGGGGUCCAAAAUUUUUAUUUUAUCUGUUCUCUAA